UUUCCAUUUUGAUAUUGACAUUACAUAAUUUUCUUGACAGGUUCUAACUUUGCUAACUUGUGUCCAACUAGUACUAAGAGUAUAGUACUAUUGACUAUGGUGCAGAAAACAAGUAAAUGUAUCAGCAAUUGGGAAACAUUUUGUUAUUGUGGCCUCUUGAUGUGUUCUGCCGACAAACAUCCUUUUGUAGUUGUGUGAUGGCAGAAAGGAGUCAUGCUUCAGUGCAAUAUUGUUGAGGUUUGCUAAAUAUUUAGUACUGAAGAAAGUAGAAAUGCCUGCAAAUUUUCCAUUAUGCUUAUGUAAUAAUGGUGACCUCACCCUUUGGUAAUGAAAAUAGUGGCAGACAGUAAUACAUUUCUCACAGAAAAUGCAUGGUCACUACCGGUGGAGGAGCGAACAGUCAUGAUGCCCAGCCAACAUCAUUGUUGAUUGAGAGAUGAAGGAUGUAACCACCAAAAAAACAAAAGUCAUGUAAUUUACUACAUCUGUUGACUCGUGACAUCCGAAGCGUUCAUAAUGAAUCCUUCUAAAUGUUGCUUUGAAGGAUAUAUAGGUAUAUAAACAAUGUUUAUAUACUUCAAAAAUCCAAUCUUUGCAGAAUACAGUAAGAUUCUCAUCAUGGUCCGUGAAUAGUGUGCAUAUAUGGACCAUAUUUAUAUGAAUAAUUCAUACACUAUAAACAGCUGAAGGUGUGGCGGCUUUUAUUUUGCUGUGGUGCUCUACCACGAUUCUUUACUUGUAGCAGAAAUCCUAUAACUGAUCCUUUUUUAAAAGUAUGUACUCAAGAUAGUUUGUAUUGUUUGCUUCUAACUGUAAGUAUAAUUUACUCUUCAAAACAUGGACACAACAAGGGGCUCUCUAUUUAAUGUAUCGUAUGAUCAGGGUAUGUGUAUCUAGUCACGGAAGAAUGCGAUGGGACUUUUGAGCAGAAAUAGUCUACUUUAAGAUAUCAUUUCCUCCAUAUCACAUUUCAUCAGUAAGGCCACUGGCAGCCAUUUGGAAUCCAAAGUGUAUCCCAUUAUGUGAUUUCUGGCCUUAGGGUUUCUACUUCUUCAGUAUUGGCCAAUGUGCAACAAGCUAGGUAACAGUAUUUGGGCACACCAUGACUAGCUGGAAUGUUUAGAUCUUUGGGUGGGGGAUGGAAUUGGUUGGGAAAUGAAUGAUCUCACCUGCACCUUUGUCAGCUGAUGUUGAAAUAAAACAUUUCUCAGACUCAAUUCCCCCAAAUAUAUUUCUGCAGUUUGAAAUUAGUGCAUCAGCAAAACAUCUGUUCACAAUGAUUCAGUAUAAAUGGCCAGUUUAGGAGUAACUGCACGCUAGUUGAACGUAGUUCUGGAGAUUAUAGCAAAGUUGCAUGCAAGUCUUUUCUCUCUCAUUUUGCACCUGGACUUGAUAAUUGAUGCCCAUUGAAUAUCCCAAACAGUCCCUUUCGACAGUAGUGGACUGGAUUUGUUGCAUCUGUUGCAUGUUGGAGAUGGAAUUCCUCGACCUGGGUGUCUUAUUGUCAACUUCCUGGUCAAUGUGCUUUGUUUGAGCUUCUUGGUAGCUGUGGGUUUUUGUACAUUUCCUUCAAAGUGUGAUGGGAUAAAGGAAGCAUUGAUGUUAAGCAUCUUAUCAGAUUACCUCAUCUACCAAUGUCUUUAAAUUGUGUCACACUUGACACUUCUUGAAUAGGGCUGGGUUAAAAAAAAUCGAUUAAUUCGAUUUAGUGUUGAGUUCAUUAAACUCUUCAAUAUUGAUUCAUAGAGCAUGAUAUCAAUGUACGCGUCAUUGACGGCAGACGUUUACAUCCGGCUGAAGCUUAGAAGUCUGCAUAUAAACACACACUAUGGCUGACGCAGGUGACGGCUGGAUGUCACUUUAAACACAGAUGUAUAUGACGCGCUUUAAGGACGUGAGUGCUACCUCUGAACUGGAGAUGUCACGGGUUCCAACCCCUCCCCCUCCUGGGGAGAUGUCAAGUGGACCGGUGGCAGAGAGCUGGUGUUACACACAGGUCAAAGUUGUGAAGUUCUCCUACAUGUGGACUAUAAAUAACUUUAGUUUUUGUAGAGAAGAAAUGGGGGAGGUGUUGAAGAGCUCGACCUUUUCCUCUGGCCCUAAUGACAAAAUGAAGUGGUGUCUGCGAGUCAAUCCAAAGGGACUUGACGACGAAAGCAAAGAUUAUCUCUCAUUGUAUUUACUUCUUGUUAGUUGUCCAAAAAGUGAAGUCAGAGCUAAAUUUAAAUUUUCUUUGUUGAAUGCUAAACGAGAAGAGACUAAAGCAAUGGAAAGCCAAAGAGCAUACAGAUUUGUUCAAGGCAAAGACUGGGGCUUCAAAAAGUUUAUCAGAAGAGAUUUCCUCCUUGAUGAGGCGAAUGGACUUCUGCCUGAUGACAAGCUCACUCUGUUCUGUGAGGUGAGUGUUGUCCAGGAUUCUGUCAACAUUUCGGGCCAGUCGAACAUGAACAUGCUUAAAGUACCCGAGUGCCAGUUGUCUGAUGACCUGGGGAACUUGUGGGAGUGUUCACGCUUCACAGACUGCAGCCUCUAUGUGGGAGGGCAGGAGUUCAAAGCCCACAAAUCCAUAUUAGCAGCAAGAUCUCCUGUGUUCAAUGCCAUGUUCGAACAUGAAAUGGAGGAGAGUAAAAAGAACCGUGUUGACAUUAGUGACGUGGAUCCUGAGGUCUUUAAGGAAAUGAUGGGGUUCAUUUAUACUGGAAAGGCCCCAAAUCUUGAGAAGAUGGCUGACAACCUGCUGGCAGCUGCUGAUAAAUACGCUCUGGAGCGUUUAAAAGUCAUGUGUGAAGAGGCGUUGUGCAACAACCUCUCAGUGGAGAAUGUGGCCGACACCCUCAUCCUCGCCGACUUGCACAGCGCUGAGCAGCUCAAAGCACAAGCCAUAGAUUUUAUCAACAGGUGCAGUGUCCUGAGACAGCUGGGCUGUAAAGAUGGAAAGAACUGGAAUAGCAAUCAUGCUACGGACAUAAUGGAGACCGCAGGCUGGAAGUCAAUGAUCCAGUCGCACCCUCACUUGGUAGCUGAAGCUUUCCGCGCCCUGGCCUCAGCCCAGUGUCCGCCCUUUGGUCUUCCCAGGAAGCGUCUAAAACAGUCCUGAUCGUGCCCCAGGACUGUGCUCGUGGUGUGAAGAAAGAACUAGCGAGGGUACCAUUCUAUUUCCACCAAAACUGAACACACUUGAAUAAAGAGGAGUGGAGUUUUCUGACCAGGGAUGAGGGGAGGCUUGCAAUUGGACUACUGGCAUCAGUGGAUUUAGGGGGAAAAAAACGGAUUGAAUUGAUGUUUGCUUGCUUGGUUUGCUGCUCCAACUGAACAGUGUUCAGUCUGGGUAGCAAAGUCAAGCUGCCUGCUACUGUUUAUUUCCUGUCAUUUUAAAAGAAAUGGCCUUAAUAUAUCUGCCAUUGCUCUGGAGCUGCUCUAGAGAACUUUGUCUCUCUUAACUCUGUGCCUGCCUUCGUCACAAAGACCAGGCCUCCUCCAGGUUGCACUAGUUCCCAUCAGUAGUCAUUUUGAUAUGGAGUUCGAUAGGAACGUAACAAAGGUUUGACUAAAUGGGAAAUAUUAUAUAUUUGUAAUGUUUAGCCCGUUUUGUGACUAGACAUUAAAAAGCAUGAACACUUUCAGUGCAAGGUCAGUUCUUUACACUUUUUAAAAGAUGUGUAUGCCCCAUAUUGAUGGCACCAUUUCUAUGUAAAUGACCGUUGAACCAUCUUCAGAUGACCCGUGUUUAGGAAAGUCUGACGUAUUGCUUCUAUGUGUGGGGGAAUAAUAGUCUGCCGUUCCGAAGACCCAAGUGUCAAUUCCUAUUGAGACAAAAAUUGUCCUCCGUUUAGGCGAAACAUGAAAAGAAAAAGCAUCAUUGACCCGGUCUCUCUCAUUCGACAUAAUUCCGAUCAUAUGUCUGUGAACUGUUUUAGAUACAAUCUUGAUAAUUCUUUCCUUAGUAUUGCCAACUUGCAAAUAUUAUAUAUUCUCAAUAUAUUGUGGUUAACAAAAAGUGGAGAGACUAAUGCAUGGUGAUGUUAUUGUCAAAGAAAGUGUCCAAGUACAAUUUUUGUAACGACUUCUCGUCUGCAUUUAUCCAACAUAUUUGUGCAGAACUAAAUGAACCGAGUAUGUGCAAAAAAAAAAAAGAAAAAAAAAGACCUUU